AAGUUUUCAGUAGAGCUUGGCUAGUUCGUCCAUUCGCACCGACAUCUCUAAAACGACGACGACGUCGCGACCCGCCGUCUCCCGCGCGUUACGUAAUAAUUGGGGGGAGGAAACACCUGCAAUCAUUUUGCGUCUCGUUGCUUAUAUUUAGACACGAAUUUGUUUUGGUCUCUCGCGUAAUAUCACAGUGCUAUCUCCUAUCAUCCGAUCUGCUGAUGAUGGUCACCUUCUGACCACGGGACACGACAAUUCAAUAAACAAGCGAAUUUCCGGUUAAUACAAAUAAGUCAAAUCUACAGCCCUGAAUCGAUCGCAGGAUUAGUACAUCAUGAUUAGUACAAUUCCGUACUUGCAGAAUUGCGAUAUGCAUGGUGCUGUUCGCAUUGCCUGAUGACGACGACGUCGGGUGACAAGUACGACGCUCUACGCUCUUUCUGCAUUUUGAGUGAUAUACUUAUAUAUUUAUUGUUUAUUCUCGUGUAACUAAAAUUAAACUGCUUCGGGUUUCUUGGCAUUGGACGUCAACCAUAUUUUUUUUGUAUUUCGUUCGCAAUUUGAUUUUUUUUUCUCUUUAUUUUUUUUUUUUCAUUUUUCGCCCUAUGAGUUAAGCCAAGAGUUAAGCGCUUUUCGUUUCGGAAAAAUCGCGAGGAUUGCGUCUCGUCGAGCAGACGAUGACUGUCCUUCCUCCGUUUGUGAAUUAAGGCAUAAAGAUAUUAUUAUUACUUUCUGGAUUCAGGCCAGAUCGUGUCGGCAUUACCACACGCAUACACACGCCACGGUGUAAAGAUAAUAUUUACCUACAAAUCCGGUGUUUCGGGCUGUGCGAAGGAGGAACAAGUUGCCUCAGGGUUUAUUUUUUUUCUUUCAAUAAGUAGUUGGUGAUCAAGUGCGAUUAGGGUUGGGUGGUGUUGUAUCAAGAUGCAGAGAAUCAUCAGUUUGCAGACCUUCAGGAGUGCAGAUAGAUCGGCGAGCAGCGAAUUCGUUACUAAACGGCUCUGCUGCAGCUUCUUGUUUUCCGUCGCGUUCCUGUCUCUUCUAGGAGGAUUUCUAUUGGGUCGCUAUGCAACUGAUCGUGCGAUCCUCCUCAAGAACCAUAUCAAACAGCAGACGGAGCAGCGGAGGACCAACGAUGCCAUGAGCAAUAUCACAUCCAUCCUGAAUCGCAUUUCCAAAAUGGACAUUUUGGGACCUCUUCAAUCCUCCGACGAUUUUCGAUCGAAGCUGAAGUGUACCAAAUAUAAGGACGUGGAUGUAGAGGAAGGAAACUUCGAUAAUAUCAAUCUGGCAACGAGGAGGGCUUUGAGCUUACACAUGGAAGCGCUGCGUAGAUGUUUUUGGGACGUAGGGGACUUCCUCGAGGGGAGAUCGGCUACGAAUUUUACGAGCGAUUGAACAACGCGUACGAUCGUCAUAUUUCCACAUAUCUUUUUUAUACCUAUCGCUUACAAAUUUUAAUAAUUUAUAAUAAAGAAAACACCACCUAUUAUAACUUUCCUAUCACACUUUUUAUCUACGUUUUAAUAUUCGAUUAAUUGUUGUGACAUAUUGAAAAUACACGAUCAAAAUUU